AUGCGUCGACCUUUAAGAGGACCGGAGUUAAACUUAAGAAUAGCAGAUCACAAAAGUAAAGCCGAUUUAAACGCAAUGAGUGUGGCAGAGCUUAAAUAAUAUCUACAAGAGCGGGUUUCAGCGAGCGGAUUCUUCAUAACCUCGUUAGUGGAAAUCGCCUCUGCAGUCAUAAAAAUCGUUCUGCCAGUGGACCCAAAUUUCGAAAAAAACGACGCCACUGCUUUAGAAGAGGUAAUAAUUCAGGAUAUACUAAUUCCCAAUCCAUUUUCAUUUGAAGAUUAUCGACUUUUCGAGGAUGGUUACGUGGAAUCUUUACUAAUUUCUCAUUUGAAACAAGAGGGAAUUCAUGUAUACGUAGCCAAUGUGCGCCCUUUUAUGAAAGUAAAAACGGACGAGGGAAAGGAAUACUACUGUCGCAUACCCAGUGCAGCGGACACAGGGUGUUGUGCAUUGGAGUUCGGGGAGUGUCAACCACAGGUAGGAAUCGACAACACAAGUUGA